AUGAAGCCUCCUACUCCUCGAGAAUCCCGUCGUGUGAGCACGUUCAGCGACUCCAACCUGACCACCUUGGAGUCGUUGGUCUUGGAGGUGGCGCUGGAAGAUGCCAAGCAACACCAGCAGGCGUCCACGGCAAGGAGCAGCUCAGACCCAAUCAAAGAGUGCGAGAUGGAUACGGAAGAUUACGAGAGGAUCCAACGACUCUUGGGGAAUCAUUGCUGUGCCGAUUGCGAGAGUACCGAUACCGAGUGGGCGUCCGUCUCCUUUGGGCUCUUGUUGUGCGCCGACUGUAGUGGAAUUCAUCGUGCUCUGGGCACUCACAUCUCUCGUGUCCGGUCCGUCAAGAUGGAUUUCUGGUCCGAAGAACAUCUCGAAUUGAUGCGACACGGAGGAAACUAUGCCUUUCAAAAAUUUGUCGAGAAACAGACCAAGAACGACGCGAGCUUUGACUUUUACGAGACACCCAUUGACCAAAAGUACACCAGUGAUGCCGCCGUGGCCUACAAAAGUGUCCUCAAGAAACGAGCUCAAGCCGCCGCCAAAGGAACCAAACCAGGACUCGAUGAAACUGAAUCCUCCACCGAGACGGCCGCAUCGUCGACAGUGGCGGAAAACAACAAGGAGUCCAAACAAUACAAAUUCAAAAAGCAGCAGCAGCAACUAUCACCGGCGGGAAUGGACGAUAGUGCCAAUUCGUUCUUUGCGGAUGAUACUUCCACUGAUGCAGCAACCAACAACAGCAAAAAGAGGAACACCCGACAACACAGGAGCAUGGAUGACAACAGUGACCACAAGGCAUCCAUUCAAGAAGAGGAAGGAGAAGAUGACGACCAAAAUGAUAGUGACAGUGAAGCGGCAAGAAAACAGAAAGAGGAGGAGGACAAGAGGAACAUGAGUCUGGAUUCGUGGUUCAACAAAAAGCCAACUGCCAAACGUCGCAUGAAAAAAUUGCCCGUGCCCUCCUCCGACGCAUCUUGCUCGGGCAAGUCCACUGCCACAACCAACACGAUCCAGUCGGCCAUUGCUUCCAUCACGUCUCGACGAUCGGUACGUCGUAGUAACUCAUCCGCAUCGGCACCUACCAUUACGUACAUGGGACGAUCCUUUAGUGCGGCGGAUAAGGAUGGCACGGUCACACUCAAGCAUCACCGGGAAGCCGACCGAUUGAAGGGUCAAUCGGACGUUCGGCUAUUGGCGGAUAUGGCGGACGCGCAAGAGAAAAUUGCUCGAGAGAACCUCGGAACAUCCUGGAGGCAAGAUGCGUGGAGACAGUCGGCGCCAGCGCAGAUGCAGUGGUCCGCCGACCGAAGGAUCGCACCCUUUUCGUUCCACGACGAUGAUAUCGCCCGUCGAGUGAAAACACCUGCGCGGCACGAGUCUCUGCGAAAGAAACUAGCGUAUACGGAUGCCGAUCUGCUCCAGAUUGCAUUGGACGACAAAGAGUUUGCUCGUCUCAAGGCGGGGCUCAAGACCAAGGGUGCGGUGACGAAUGGGAUUCUGGAACAGAAGCUCUACGCCUUUGUCGCCAAGAGCAAGCUACGCAAAAACACUGUGGAUGCCGACGAAGAAAGUCAAGUGAGCGACAGCAAUCAGCCAAGGUCGCAUGGACGCCAGCGAAUGCAAGCGUCCAAAUCGGAGAACUUGUCGAUGAUGCGUCGGACCAGCACCUUUCAUUAG